AUGAGGGCGUGCUCGGUGGUGCUGGCCUUGGGACUGGUGCUGGGGGCUGCAGGCAGUCAGGAGCCCACCUUUGCGAGCAUCACAGAUAAGACCUUCAUCAAGGACUGCGUGAGCAUCCACAAUGACCUCCGUGCCAAAGUUCAGCCACCCGCCAGCAACAUGCGAUACAUGACCUGGGAUGCAGCUUUGGCAAGGACUGCCAGGGCAUGGGCAAAGAGAUGCGUUUUUCAACAUAACAUAUACUUAGAUAAGAAAUAUCAGUGCCAUCCUGAUUUUACAUCUGUUGGAGAGAAUAUUUGGACCGGAAGUCAUCAAGCAUUCACUGUUGCUAAUGCCGUUAAGUCAUGGUAUAAUGAGUUAAAAUUCUAUAAUUUUACAGAUCAGAAAUGUACAAAGGUUUGUGGUCAUUACACUCAGGUUGUUUGGGACUACUCAUAUAAAAUUGGCUGUGCUGUUGCCUUUUGUAAGGAAGUUGUAGGAAUACGAAAUGCAGCACAUUUUGUCUGCAACUAUGCACCAAGUGGUAAUUUUCCAAGAAGACCAUAUGUAGAAGGAAGAUCAUGCAGUAGCUGUGGAAAAGGGGACACCUGUGAAAAUAAACUGUGUAGAAAUCCUGAACGCGAUAAGAUUAUUUAUUAUCCAAGAUGGUACCCUCCUUGGGAGUUCGGAAUCACCUGUGAUGAGGCUUGUAUCACUCUUGUAGUUCUGAGAGCAUUGUUGAUGUUUCUUGCUUUUGUAGCUGUUUAUUUUAUCAAAAAACACUGUACAGGCAUGCAUAUCUCCACCUAA